UCUCCAAGUGAAAACCAACCAACCAAUGCCCAAUCCUCGCCCAGAUCGUUCUCAACUUCUAAAGUUAAACCAUCAUUGCAUUUCCACUGACCCUGAGCAGUGCACAUUUUUUAAUAGAAUCCACACUUUUAACAUUUGUAAAGAUCUACUUUACACAUACGUGUCCAAAUAAAUAACAAUAAUAUAACGAUAUUGAAGUGAAACAUUUAAAUUUUCUAAGAUUUUGUCAUGAAUCUUAACAUGGCCUUCGGAUUGUUCGUCUUCUGUGUCGUCUUUUCCUCGGCCAUGUCCACCCCCCUCAUCCAGCAACAGUAUUGUCCGGUGACUAGGGAAUCCGACAGUUCCAAAGUGAUCAACAUGGAAGAGGGACAGAAGGUGAGACUCCAAUUUGCAUAUCCAAAUGGAAAUCUAGGGAAAAAGACAGACUCUCAGGAUUCCGUGGAGGGGACAACGCCGUUUGAAGGAGAACAAGCGGAUACGACAACUGUUUCCAGUCUAAAGCAUGAUAUUUUCUGUCAGUGGGACUUUCGGGCUGCCAACGAAAGUCAGUUAUUACUUUUAACAUUUGAUAAACUUUCUGCACCACAGUCGAAGGAUUGUUCAGACGCCUUUGUGGCCAUUCAGAAAAAUAACGCAUAUGAAUCCCGAUGGUGUGGGAAUAGAAAACAGACCAAGGGAAAAGCGAUGACACUGUUCUCAAGAGGAAGUGCGAGAGUUUCGGUCUAUCAUAAAAAUGCAGCAGAAUCGCCAACUGGUUUCGCAGUCGUUGUCGAAACCGUGGAUGCCUCAAAGAUAGAAGGAGGAAAAAAUGCAUUACGAGUGCUUUUGGGCUAAACGAUACUGGAGCAAAAAAAUGAAAUAUGAAUGUGAAUAUGAGUGUACAAAUUUUUAAUGGGCUUUACAGUUAAAUACAAUGAAUGUGUUCAAAUAAACAUCUUUUUAAUAUA